GUCAUUGUCCAAUCCUUUACUGUUGCGUCUAGCAACCGGAUGGAAAACAUUUUUUUCCGCGCUUUCGGCGGCGAAAGUUCACAAAUUAAAGAAGAGUGGCGGGAGCUGUUGUCGGUCGGAGUGAGUAGUGGAGGACAAUAUUUUAGAGGAAUGGACUUUAAACGGCGUAAUGGCGGCCCCGUCAUGGGUGGUGCAUCCCAGGCCAAAAGAGGAAAAACAACAGAUGACUGGGAGGACAACCCAUCACAGUUUGAGGAAGAGUUAUCCAUGUUUGAUGAUAUGGAAAUGGAUAUGGAGGAGAUGGAGGGGCAGGCAGGACAUGAUGUCAUUCCUGUGGGUGAUCUUUUCUCAGCAGACCUAAACCCUCGCUGGAAGAGGCCUCAUGCCCCCAUGCUGAACUCAUCAUCUGAUACUUUGGUGUUCCAGCAGAUCGAUCUCGACUAUUAUUUAGGUCCAUCUGUUGCCGGCAUGCCCGGUCAGUCACAAGCAAACGUGCCAAUCAUCAGGAUGUUUGGUGUAACGGACAGUGGCAACAGUGUGUGCUGUCAUGUUCAUGGCUUUGCACCUUACUUUUAUGUUCCUGCACCAAAUGGGUUCAAGCCAGAUUAUUUGGGUGAAUUUAAAAGAGAGCUGAACUCUGUUGUGCUGAAGGACAUGCGCUCCAAUAAGGACAACAUCUCCAUCACAGUGCUGGCUGUGGACAUCACACGUAAAGAGAGCAUGUAUGGCUACCACGGACAACGCUCUCUGGACUUCUUGCGGAUAACCAUGGCGAUGCCUCGUCUGAUUGCACCCGCAAAGCGUCUGCUGGAACAAGGUUUUAAGUUUGGACACUACCCCAUCCAGAACUACCAAGCCUAUGAGGCCAACAUAGACUUUGAAAUCAGGUUCAUGGUGGACAGCGAUGUUGUGGGAUGCUGUUGGAUCGAACUUCCCAAAGGCAUGUACAGAGUACGCGAAGAGAAGAGCCACGGGGACACAGAUUCUCAGCAUCCAGGAAAGGUUUCGCUGUGCCAGUAUGAGGUGGAUGUUGGAUGGACGGAUCUGAUCAGUCACCCUGCAGAAGGAGACUGGCAGAGGAUAGCCCCUCUCAGAGUCCUCAGCUUCGACAUCGAGUGUGCAGGAAGAAAAGGAAUCUUCCCAGAACCAGACAAAGAUCCUGUGAUUCAGAUCGCAUCUAUGGUCCAACGUCAGGGGGAGACGGAGCCUUUCAUCCGAACCGUCUUCACCCUUCAGCCCUGUGCUAGCAUCGUUGGCUCGCAGAUCUUCUGCUUCACUCAGGAGAAGCAGCUUCUUCAGAGCUGGGCGGAGUUUCUGAGGACGGUGGACCCAGACAUCAUAACUGGAUACAACAUCCAGAACUUUGACUUUCCCUAUUUGCUCAACAGGGCAGCUGCUUUAAAGGUGACUUAUUUUCCGUACUUGGGUCGAAUGCGGGGCAAACGGUCCGUUUUACGAGAGUCGAGUUUCCAGAGUAAGCAGAUGGGUCGCAGGGAGAACAAAACCAUCAACAUGGAAGGUCGAGUCCAGUUUGAUCUGCUGCAGGUCCUCCUUAGGGAUUACAAACUACGCUCCUACACUCUGAAUGCUGUAAGCUUUCAUUUCCUGCAAGAGCAAAAGGAGGACGUGCAGCACUCCAUCAUCACCGAUCUGCAGAAUGGAAAUGAACAAACGCGGCGUAGACUGGCGGUCUACUGUCUGAAAGACGCCUAUCUGCCGCUGCGGCUGUUGCAGAAGCUCAUGUGUGUGAUUAACUACAUGGAGAUGGCCAGAGUGACUGGAGUACCGCUCACCUACCUGCUCUCAAGAGGACAGCAGAUCAAAGUCGUGUCUCAGCUGUUGAGACAGGCGAUGAAACAGGACCUGGUGAUGCCGGUAGUAAAGACAGAAGGUGGGGAGGACUACACUGGAGCUACGGUCAUCGAACCAGAGAAAGGAUAUUACAGCCUUCCUAUUGCCACCCUGGACUUUUCGUCUCUGUAUCCAUCCAUCAUGAUGGCUCACAACCUUUGUUACACCACGCUGCUGCAGAAAGGAUCUGCAGAAAAACUGGGAUUAUCAUCUGAAGAUUUCAUCAAGACUCCAACAGGUGACCAGUUUGUAAAGAGUUCUGUGAGGAAAGGACUUCUCCCGGAGAUCCUGGAGAAUCUGCUUGCUGCAAGAAAAAGGGCCAAGGCAGAGCUGAAGAGUGAAACGGACCCUUUUAAGAAGCAGGUGCUGGAUGGUCGACAGCUGGCUCUGAAAAUCAGUGCGAACUCCGUCUACGGCUUCACCGGGGCUCAGGUGGGCAAGCUGCCCUGCUUGGAGAUCUCACAGAGUGUGACUGGUUUUGGAAGACAGAUGAUUGAGCGGACCAAGCAGCUGGUGGAGUCCAAGUACACCAUCUCCAAUGGUUGUGACGCUGAUGCUAAGGUCAUCUACGGAGACACGGACUCCGUCAUGGUCAAGCUUGGAGUUGCUACUGUGAAGGAGGCCAUGGAUAUCGGGAGGGAAGCAGCUGCCUGGGUGUCUUCCCAUUUUACACCCCCAAUCAAGCUGGAGUUUGAGAAGGUCUAUUACCCGUACCUGCUGAUAAAUAAGAAGCGCUAUGCAGGACUGUAUUUCUCUUCGAGUGCAGACACUCACGACAAGAUGGACUGUAAAGGCAUUGAGACUGUCCGCAGAGACAACUGCCCUCUAGUGGCCAAUCUUAUCAACACAUGCUUACAGAAGAUCCUUAUUGACAGGGAUCCACAAGGUGCUGUGGGUCAUGCCAAAGAAGUGAUUUCAGACCUGCUGUGUAAUCGUAUCGACAUCAGCCAGCUGGUGAUCACUAAAGAGCUGACGCGCACGGCUCAGGAGUACGCUGGCAAGCAGGCUCAUGUGGAGCUGGCUGAAAGAAUGAGGAAAAGGGAUGCAGGCAGCGCCCCAAACCUGGGAGACCGGGUGCCGUACGUCAUCAUCAAGGCAGCAAAGGGAGCGGCAGCAUACAUGAAGUCUGAGGAUCCGAUCUACGUGCUGGAGAACAACAUUCCCAUCGACACACAGUACUACCUGGAGCAGCAGCUGUCCAAACCCCUACUGAGAAUAUUUGAGCCCAUUCUGGGGGAGAGUAAGGCGGAGAGCGUCCUGCUAAAGGGUGAACACACGCGCUGUAAGACCGUGCUGACCUCCAAGGUCGGAGGCCUCAUGGCGUUUGCUCAGAAGAGAAGCACCUGCAUCGGCUGCAAAGCUGUGCUGAAAACAGAUGCGGCUGUGUGUGACUUCUGCAAGAAGAAGGAAUCUGAGCUGUACCAAAAAGAGAUCUUUCAUCUGAAUACGCUAGAGGAGCGCUUCUCUCGCCUGUGGACUCAGUGUCAGCGCUGCCAGGGCUCCCUCCACGAGGACGUGCUCUGCACCAGCCGCGACUGUCCCAUCUUCUACAUGAGGAAGAAGGUCCAGAAAGACCUGGAUGACCAGAGCAAGCUGGUGUCUCGUUUUGGGUGGUGACUCUCACCACCACUCUCUUAUUCCUCUCAACUUCUGGAUUUUGAUGUAAAAAUGCAAAUAACUACUUUUUAUGUUUUCUAGAAUGGAUAAAAUGACAUGUAGUGCUUUUUUUUUAUUAAAUAAAGUCAAAACUCUUUCUAAA